AUGAUACAUAAUCAAACAAUCAUCACCAGCAUCCAUCUCAUGAGUCUGUCAGAUAACCAGAAGAUCAUCCAUGUCCUAUUCAUCAUCUUCUUCCUCAUCUACCUGAUGACCUUCUUGACCAACUCCAUUAUCAUCCUUUUAGUUCUUACUUGUGCUCAUCUUCAUACACCCAUGUAUUUCUUUCUUGGGAACUUAGCGUUCUUGGACAUGUCAUACUCAUCCGUUACUGCCCCGCGGAUGCUCUUUGACCUCUCCACCCAACACUGGUCAAUCUCCCUCCAAGACUGCAUAGCACAAAUAUUUUUUGUGAUUUACUUUGGGAGCUCUGAGGUUUUCUUAUUGUCCUCCAUGUCUUAUGACAGAUAUGUAGCCAUCUGUCACCCUCUCCAUUACUUUCAGAUCAUGUCUUGGGGUAUGUGCUCUAAGAUGAUGUCUUUGGUUUGGUCAUCUGGUUUCCUUGCCCCUAUUAUUUGUAUAUUAUGUUUAAAAAGGUUGACAUUCUGUGGUCCCAACUUCAUUCAGAAUUUCUUUUGUGAUUUGCCCCAUUUGUUCCAGAUCUCCUGCACUGAUACCUUCAUUAAUGUUCUAGUUGUAAUAAUUGUAGGUGGUGUUCUUGGCCUUAUAGCCUUUGUUGCCACAUUUUACCCGUAUGUCAAAAUUUUUAGCACAGUGCUUAGAAUUCGCACCACUGACGGAAAACAUAAAGCUUUCUCUACUUGUACAUCUCACCUGACUGUUGUUUUCAUAUUUUAUGCAUCAGUAACUUUUAUCUACUAUGUUCCUAAUGCAAGUAAUCUUCUUGUAUUAAACCAAGUAGUGACAGUAAUAUAUACAUUAAUCACCCCCUUACUCAACCCCUUAAUCUACAGUCUAAGGAGCAAAGCCCUGAAGGACGCACUGCAGAGGACCUUACAUAUACGCAUGCUGGAUACAGGUAUAAAAAUAAGGUCCACAUGA